CAACAAUUAUUUGCUUAAUGAUGACAUAAUUCGCUGACCAAUUGCAGUGAUUCACUUCACACCAUUGGCCCAAAAAAAAGAGAGGGGGUUGUAAAGUGGAGACAAAACUCACUGAGCCACGGGCUCGCUUCUCCCCCUUAAAACAUUUGGGGUUCAACUUGCAGUCGUAACUCAAGGACUACCUGUGCUAUGCCGUAGGGAGAACAUCGGACGACUGAGAGCAAAUUUGGCAUCAUCUACCGCAAUGCGCAACUUUGUGCUCUGUUUCCGGAAGUGCCAAAGGCUAACCAUGUGUUAUUUUCUUCCCUUAGUGUGUGGACAACCCAGCCGCGCUCUGCCCACCCUGGUCAAACGAAUAAUCGGCGGGAGAAACGCAGAACCUGGCUUUUUCCCCUGGCAAGCUCUGAUCGUGGUCGAGGACACGUCACGGGUGCCCAAUGACCGGUGGUUCGGCAGCGGGGCCCUCUUGUCCGAAUCGUGGGUGCUGACUGCCGCCCACGUCCUCCGUUCCCAGCGACGGGACAACACGCUCACCGCCGUCUCCAAAGAACACGUCAAUGUCUACCUUGGCCUUCACGACGUCCGGAACAAAAUCGACGCGGUCAACCGGACGGUGGAAGAGAUUAUCCUCCAUGAGUCUUUUGACAUCCAGAAUUACAACCACGAUAUCGCAUUGGUCAAGUUGAAAGAGAAGGUGACCAUGGGACCUUACAUCAUGCCGGUUUGUGUACCUCAGGAUCCGCGGGAGUCGGGAGGACCUCAACCCAACACGUUGGGCUUGGUGGCCGGUUGGGGCAUCUCCAACCCUAACAUCACGGUGGAUGAGGUGAUCAGUUCUGGGAUGCAGACUUUGUCGGAUGUCCUUCAGUACGUGAAGCUACCUGUGGUCCUCCACGAGGAGUGCAAGACAAGUUACGAGUCCAGAUCGGGUAACUACAGCGUGACAGAGAACAUGUUCUGUGCUGGUUAUUAUGAAGGAGGGAAGGACACCUGCCUUGGAGACAGUGGAGCCGCAUUCGUCAUCCGAGACUUGGACAACCAGAGGUGGGUGGCCCAAGGAUUGGUCUCCUGGGGUGGACCGGAAGAAUGUGGCAGCAAGCAAGUCUACGGGGUUUACACCAAGGUGUCCAACUAUGUGGACUGGCUGCAGGAGAAAACGGGGUGGGACUCCCUGGAUUCCAAUCUGGAGGAGAGAUGAACCGGAUGAAGGUGAGACCCAACCCAAGGACCGAAUCCUGUGUUUGAAGAACCUCAACCAAGCGCGGCGACAUUCCAAAUUCUUUGAGGGCAUUAUGGACAGGGAGAAAGAUCUGGAGAUCCUUCCUCCUUGCAUCAAAUUUCAGACACUCCAACUGCAACGUUGCUUUCCUGAGAAGAAGCAACAUUCUCACGUUACUACUACCAGGCAGAUUUCCAGAAAGUGUGGUUGGCAUCGAUUUGAACGGCAUCAUACGGUAUCGUUUAAAACUUUCUUCCCCGGCUUUUCGGUUGUUGGCAAAGGGACCGUCGAAAGAUGCGCCGAAUCUUGUCAUUUUGUAGCAAAGGGGAAACUUAAGAAGGGUGAUUCAAGACUGGGUC